AUGGUCCACCCUGAGGGUGAGGAAGUCAUUGAGAACCCCAUUGGUGGCCCCUCUGCGGAUGAUGAGCCUCCCUCCUAUGCCAGGACUGACUUCCCGCAUGUGUGGGAUUUUCGCUUUCCUUCAGAGUUCCAGGACAAUCGUGAAGUCGUGAGUUCUUCUCUUGUGAUCACUUCUUCAGCCGAUGCCUUUGCCUCGGGUGCGAUUGAGCCGCAUCCCCGCGGCCAUGCUGUGGUUGACUCAGGUGCGACGGAGACAGUCGGUUCUCUCCCGGCCAUAGAGGACCUUCUUCAGUUUCGGUUUGAGUUGCAUGGGAAUGCAGAUCAGUUUCGGAUAUCAGAUGUUCCGUCUCGACGAUUCCGUUUCGGAAAUGGAGCAACUGGCUUCUCUCUCAGCCACUUAUUGAUUCCCCAGGACCUCGGAGAUGUUCAAGUGGAGCUAGGGAUCUACUCUCUAGACGUACAGAAUGUCCCAAUAUUGCUGGGAAUCAAGAGUCUUCGUUCCCUGAAAACGGUAAUCGACUUCGACAAGGACGUUGCAGUCUUCGCUUCCCUCAACCCGUAUGUUGGCAUUCCUUUACGCAGAGGUGCUUCAGGCCAUGUUUUGAUCAACUUGAGCCAGAAUUGGUUGCAGGACAGUUUUUCGCUCGCCGAUCCCACUCCAGUCAUCGGCAUGGCAUCGCAAUCCUGUAAGUUCCGGUGCCACCACCGUGAAAAGCGAGCUGACCCGGAGCCACCUGAGGAUGAAGACAUGGAACUCCUUCCGGACAAAAAUCAGGAUGCUGUCUACCACCUCGAGGAUCACGAGGCCGGCGAGGGAGAUUACAUGACACCGGCUUUCGCGGUAACCCUUGAUGCUCCGGCAACUGAAGAAGAAUGGAAGGCCAUUGUGAAGAAUCCCAAGAAAUUCAUUGCGAAGAGUGUGCAAAAGGGCGUCGAGGUGGCAUACUCCAAGUUGAACCGAGAACAACGCGCUGCCAUGAAUGAUGCCAUGCAGGUUGAAGUUGACAACUGGUUGAAGACGGUUGCCGUUAAGGCGGCGGCGAAGCAUGUGCCUCGUCGAGAGUUGCUUCGUAUGAGAUGGGUCCUCACCUUCAAGCAAGCCUCCCCAGACGGUGAAGGUGAUCAAGAUCAGAAGAAGCAGAGUGACAAGAUCAAGGCCAAGGCCAGGAUCGUGAUCUUGGGAUACUCGGAUCCUAACUUGUUGGAAGCUUCUACAGUGAGUCCUGCUAUGAGCCGUCUUUCUCGCCAACUGUUGCUGAACAUGGCCGCCGUAUGCAAAUGGGACAUCUUGUGCGGGGAUGUCAAGUCAGCUUUUCUCCAGGCGAAGUCCCCUCAAGAGAAACGUGGCGUUUUCGCCACCCCGGUUCCGGAACUCAGCAAAGCCUUGAAUCUUCGUGAGGGUCAAGCAGUGCAGUUAUUGAAAAGCUGUUACGGCUUGGUAUCAGCUCCUCGUGAAUGGUACAAUGACGUCCAUAAGACUCUCUUGUCUCUAGGUUGCGAAAGGCUGGUAAGCGACAGCUGCGUGUGGAGACUGCGAUCCAGCACAGGCCAGAUCAUUGGACUCAUCUCCAGUCAUGUAGAUGAUUUCCUAAUGGCUGGAGAGUCCUCGCAUCCUGAAUGGCAGAGAUUCUUGCAUGCAUUCCACCAGGCAUAUGACUGGUCUCCUUGGGAGAGAGGAGCCUUCAAACAUUGCGGAUUGCAAUUAGUCCAGCAUGCUGAUUAUGCCGUGACGUUGGACCACAGUGCCUUCUGCGGUGAGCUCAAACAAAUGCCAGCUGUCAAGGAGCAGCGAACCCUCAACGAUGGCGAGAUUGCGCAGAUCAGGGCUAUUCUGGGAUCGGUGCAGUGGAGAGUCUAUCAGAGCGCUCCUCAUCAUGCUGCUAAGCUUAACUACUUGCAGAGCAUGAUCGCCUCUAAAGACUCCAGCAUCGUUGAGCAAGUUAACAAGCUUGUCAGGGAAGUUUAUGCUUCGAGGAGUGUGUCCGUUCAGGUCCAAUCAUUAGGAGCCACACAACCUGAUCAACUUUGUUUGGUGGCAUGGUCAGAUGCCAGCUUGGCGAACCGUCCGGACUUGUCAUCCACCGGUGGCUACCUGGUCGGACUCAUGAAUCAACAGUCCCUCGAAUCCGGCAUCGGCAAGGUCAAUCCAGUGUCUUGGAAAUCUGGAAAACUUCACAGGGUUGCUCGAAGCAGCCUUGCCGCCGAGUCCCAAGCUUUGGCAGAUGCUGAACAAGAGCUGUUUAACGCCCGCUUGGAAUGGAGAGAGAUGCAAGGCGAUGUCAUCGACCCGAAAGAUCCCGAAAGCACUUCUGCUAAGGCCAAUGGCUAUUUGAUCGUCGAUGCGAAGGCCAUGUAUGACACGCUCUCGAAGGGCGUCUUCGUGGCGAGCCAGCGGGACAAGUACACGGGGCUCGAGCUUCUGGCGCUGAGCCAACGACUUGAGGCCCAACGCACGACGCUCCUUUGGUGUGACAGUGAUCAUCAGCUUGCAGACGGACUUACAAAGUCAAGCAAACAAGAUGCUGUGAAGCGAUUUCUAUGUACAGGCUCUUGGCGGAUCCGUUAUGAUGGUGCCUUCAUUUCGGCCAAACGACGCCGAUUGAUGAAUAAAGAAGAAAACGAGGAUCAACCAGAGCUCGAGGACUCCACUUUUCUCCAAGUUUUGUUUUCGCAAGCAAACUCGAAUGCUUCGUCAAGAUCCUCUGGGGCGUGUCGGAGGACAAGUCCUAAACUGUAA